UCAAAGGGAGCUCUGGCUGCUUGCUAAGAUUCCAAUACUUUCACUCCGUCAGUAUUCAUAUCCCGACUUUAGCUCUUUGAAAACUGGAAGGUUUAGUUCAUAACUUCUGCACUCGCUUCUAAACUUUUUUUCUUUUUUCUUGGCUACUUCAGUAACCGUUUUGGUUGGUGUUGCAAUUAAAGCGGACCGCGACGAUGUUCAGAGCCGGCCAGCUCAUAUGAGAGAUGUGCGAUUACUGUUUAAAGGGAGGGGCUUGCACAGUCCUGUAGUAGGCUAUCAUUGAAUCCUGAGAAAACCGAAGCUCAACUCUGUUCCUCUCCGCUAACUGGCCUUCCUGGCGUUGUCUGUCUGCGGCGAACCCGAAUUAAGAACAAUAACUGUCACUCAACUCAACAGAGUCCCCUCCCCAUCCUCGUCCACAGCUGCCCUAAGCCAAACAAACACAGGGCGUAACCAUGGACGACGACUUUGAGCGCCGCCGUGAGCUGAGGAGGCAGAAGAGGGAGGAGAUGAGGCUGGAGGCCGAACGAGUGGCCUACCAGAGGAACGAUGAGGAUGAGGAGGAGGCGGCCCGGGAGAGGCGACGCAGGGCGCGCCAGGAGAGGAUGAAGAGCAGGGAGGGGGAGGAGCCUAGCGGGCAAACAGACACCUUGGCCAUAACCAACAGCCACAGCGUGACGGAGAGUUCCGGAGGAGGAGGAGAAGGAGGCGGAGAUGACGAGGAGCAGGCUUUGAUGGAGCGCAUGGCCAAGAGGGAGGAGCGACGCCAGCGACGCCUGAAGGAGGCGCAGGAGAGACAGCAGGGGACGGACGCCCGCGACAACGACCGGGACCACGGCGACGCCGCGGCCAACAGCGCGGAGGAGGAGAGGCCGCUCGGCCGCAGGGGGCGUUACCACGACAACGAAGAGGAGGAAGAGCAGGGGAGGAAGACGACGGUGGCGCGUGGCAGAGAGGAGGAGGAGAAGGAGGAGGAGGAGGAGGAGGAGGAGGAGGAGGAGGCUGCCCCAGAGGAAGAGGAGAAAGAGGAAGUGGAGGAGGACAAGCCCAGCAGGUCUUACAUGAGAGAGCAGGAGUCCUGUGAGGAGAAAACUAACAUGUCACACAUGCAAAACGAGGACCAACAACAACAGCUCAACUCUAACUCAGUAUUAGAACAGAUCCCAGAUCAGCAUGAGUCAGAUGAGGAGCAGGCAGGAGGAGGAGAGGAGGAUGAGGGGAUAGACAAGGAGGAAGAGGAGGAGGAGGGGAUAGAGAAGGAAGAAGAAGAGGAGGAGGGGAUAGAGAAGGAGGAAGAGGAGGAGGAGGAGGAGAGACUGCAGGAAGUGGGAGAGAAGAGGGAGGGCAGGAUACGAGCCAGAGAGCAGGAGGAGGACUGUGAGAGAGCAGAGAAUGGCGUGGGCCUGGUGUCCCAGAGGGGCGGGGCCAGGGAGCAGGGGGAGUGGCAGAGGAAGCAGAACGGAGGCCUGCAUGAGGAGACUCCGCCCAUGCAGAACAGGAAACCAGAGAGAACCCUCAGUCGCGGCAGCAUGCGCGCCCCCGAGCCGGGGGUGGGGGAGGAUCCGGACGACGCAGCGCGCCAGGAGGCGGAGCGCAAGCUGGAGGAGCUGAAGCGUCGCCGUGACGACGCGGAGGUGGAGGAGUUUGAGAGGAUGAGGCAGAAGCAGCAGGAGGCGGAGCAGGAGCUGGAGGAGCUGAAGAAGAAGAGGGAGGAGAGGAGGAAGGUGCUGGAGCAGGAGGACAGGCAGAAGAAGCAGGAGGAGGAGGAGAGAAAGGCACGGGAGGAGGAAGAGAAGAGGAGGAUGAAGGAGGAGAUCGAGAGGAGGAGAGCAGAGGCAGCGGAGAAGAGGCAGAAGGUGGAGGACACGAUGGAGGGAGGAGAGGCCAAGCCCUUCAAGUGUGUCAGUCCCAGAGGGUCGUCUCUCAAGAUCGGUGAGAGGGCAGAGUUCCUGAACAAGUCGGCUCAGAAAAGCUCUCUGAAGCUGGCCCACUCCCCUGUGGUGUCUAAGAUCGGCAACAGGCUGGAGCAGUACACCUCAGCAGCCCAAAGGGAGAACAAGGACUCUCGCUCCCCGCGCUCCGGGGCGGUGGACCUGCCCAUGGUCACAGACGGCAUCCGCAACAUCAAGAGCAUGUGGGAGAAGGGCAACGUGUUCACCUCCCCUGGAGGGGCAGGGGGAACCUUCAAGGAAGCAGCUGGGAUGAAGAUAGGCGUGGCCGGCCGCAUCAACGACUGGCUGAACAAAACCCCUGAGAGCAAGACCCCAGGAGGCAGGCCAGCGGACCUAAAGCCAGGUGAUGUCACCAACAAACGGAGUCUAUGGGAAAACAAAGGAGCCUCUCCUACCAAGGUGACAGGCCGAGGGGAGGCUAAAUCAGUCACCAACGGCAUGGGACACUAAUGCUUCAGAGAGAUGAUGCAGGCGGGACCAAGACAAUCCUAGACUCUUCUUUACUACGUGCAUGUAACCAAAGCUGCCCUCCUAGUCCCAGCCACCCCUGUGGAGGAGAGGAGACACGAGUCACAUCCAGGACCUGUGCUGGGAACUCCCAACCAUCACAGCACACCACCUUUGCACAUUGAAUUUACCUUUCUAAAAGAAAACAAAAUGCUGUGAAAUUUGGACGUUUAUGAUUCUAUGAUAUUCUUUUUUUUUUUUUUUUUUUUUUUUUCUUUCUUUUUUUUUUGAAAUAUAUUUUAUUUCAAACCUGCAAGAAAGAAAGAAAAACAGAAAUUGAAAUUAGAUGUAUCCCUUGACACUCAAUUGUCUUUUAUUUGUUUUGAUGAGAUAGAGAUCGCUCUUAAAGAUGACUCUAUGUCUCAGUGUUACAAAGAGGGUUCAACAUCAACACUCUGUCAAAAACACUCUAUCUCACCAACUUUAUUUAUAUUUAAGGCAGAAGCUUCACUCAUAGAUAUUUUAUACCUGGUCACCAAUUCAGGACAUACAGGAAGCACUUAUAGAUCUAGCUUAUUUCACUUUUAUAUGUAUUAUCAAUAGUGCAACAAUGGUCUGAGUAAUAUAUGUUAGCAUAUACAUGUUUUUGAUAUAUGAAAAUCAUACUGUAACCUAUACUACAGCUUUAUACUCUAAAUGUUUUGCUUUUGUACUCAUAAAAUGACUACCAAUCAAGAAAGGGGAAAUCAAUGGAAAGUAAACAAAUGAUAGAAACAUUAAGAAGGCCAAUAUAGCUUUUACUAUACUAUUGUCAUUUUAAUUUAUGUUUUUUUUUUUUACAUUUUUGUCUUUUUUUCUGGGCUUAUUUUUGUAACUUUUAUAUCUGUUGUUUGUAACUUUUUAAAUUACAGACACAUUCCACUUCGUACACAUUCCUCUGCCUACACACUCGUUUUGGGUUUAACAGAUGAACUUACGCAGGAGGUGACACAUCACAGAGAGACAACACUGUUCUCAGAGGCUCCUCUGAUCUCUCCCACUGCAGAUCUGUACACCAGCUGAACCAGACCCAGCUGGACGAUUUAACCAUCCACCAUGGCCAUACAUCUACUAUUUUACUCUUGUGUAGCUUAGGUAUUAAGCCCAAUUUAUACUUAGGUCGCAGACACUUUUGAAAAGGUCGCCGACAGAAAUGACGUCUCGGUCGACACUUUUAAACGUCGCUUAGAAGUGUCGCCUACCAGGAGAAAUUUCUACUGGCGCAGAUGUCGUCACAUAGUGAAAAAUUAAAAUUGCCAGUUUCUCCGAUUGAUCACCUAGGCUACAAAGCGUUAACAAUGUAACCAUAGCUAUGAAUGUAACUGUAAAAUUAUUCUGUUUACGUCACGCGAACCUUGAGCACAGGCGACUGUUUUCCGAAGUAUAAAUGCAGCAGCCUGAGCGACACUUUUUGUUUUCGUCGGCGACCAUUUCAAAAGUGUCCGCGACCGAAGUAUACAUAAGCUUUAGUCAGCUUGGUCUCUGUUGGCUUGUC